AUGGCACGAAGAUUAAAUGUAGAUUUUCUUCAAGUAGUUAGUGCAUCAACCAUUUCAGGUGUAUGUUGUGAUUGUCGCCUUUCUGAAGUUGGUUCAACAUUAUUUGUGAAAGAAAGUUUAAUAUUAUGCAAAAGAGAUUAUUUACGUCUUUUUCAAAUUCCUGGCUCUUGUGCCCAAUGUAAAAAAUCGAUAUCAGCAUUUGAUAUGGUGAUGCGAGUUAAACAUUUAGUUUAUCAUCUAAAUUGUUUUGCUUGCUACGAUUGUCGUCAAAGAUUUUGUAUUGGUGAUCGAUUUUUUCUUAUCGAUAAUCAGAUAUUAUGUGAAUCUGAUUAUCACGAACGUGCACAACAAAUUAGCUGUAAUCACAAUAACAAUAACUAA